CGUGUGCAGAAGAGGGGUUUUAGUAGGAGAAUCAGGAGGAGGCGCUGCUGUCAAUGUGUUCCUCAUUCUUGUCAAACGCGGCUCCGUCUGCGGUGCGCGUUUUUAAAGAGCAGGCAACUCGCCCUGGGAAAUAUUGGCGAAAUUUGGAGCAGAGCAAAGGAAAAAAAAACUUUUCUGAGAAGGCAUUUGUACCUUUAAAAAGGUGUUAUUUAUCUGGUGACUUACGCAUAGAUAAGUAAAGUGAUUUGUUUUGGUACAAACCGGACAAGCCUAAUAGUAAUUAAAAGUUUCUGUUAGUGCCGUUUUCCGUUAAGACCGCGGUGUUCACAGCUGACUCUGGAAAAAUUAAGGGAAUGAUUUUUUGCGCUCAAAUCGCAUCAGUGUUGUAAUAUUUAGGAUUUAAGUAUUAUUUAAAAUAUAACUGAAAUCUAUAUAAAUAUCACAAUGUUAUUUGGUUUUAAGAAGAUCUUUAAGUUGGAAACAGCAACAAUAAGUGCGAAUAUCUGACUUUUUGCAGUUGAAGGGUUUAUAGUGACUAACGAAAGACUUAAAAUGGAAUAUCUACUACUACAGGCGUAGACCGACAUAUUCAGAGAUACCUGUAACUGAAAUGUGAAAUUGUUCCUAGCUUUACUUAUUACUGAUGGAAACUAAAAAUGAAGCUACCGCAAACUAAUGGUGAAUGUCUCAUUAAAGCAAUCCGCUAAAAGAAAGAUAUACAUAGUUUUUAAUAGCUCUGCAUACGAUGUCGGAGCGAGAGUGCUACGGUGACGAGUUGUGCGGGGAAGGAGUUCCUGAAUUCCCCCCCGGGAGAGCGACCAGGGCGGGCAGGCGCAGCGGAGUCACCCUGCCGAUGGCGGAGCGCGCCAGCCCCGUCGCUCAGGACGCCGACACGGCUCUUAUGGAGGCGGCGAAGGCGGCUCCCCGUAGAAGCAGCAUCAUAAAGGACCCGACGGUACAGAAAGUGGGUGGUGGGAGGAAGAAGACAGUCUCCUUCAGCAGCAUGCCCUCUGAGAAGAAGGUGAGCAGCGCCAGCGACUGCCUGGCUUUCAUGCAGGGCGGCUGCGAGCUGAAGAAGGUGCGGCCCAGCUCUCGCAUCUACUGCCGCUUCUACACGCUGGACCCGGAGCUCACCUGCUUGCGCUGGGAGCCCUCGAAGAAGGACGGGGACCGCGCCCGGCUGGACAUCACCGCGAUUCGGGAGGUGCGCACGGGCAAGAGCACCGACACGUUCCGCCACAACGGCCCCGCCGAGCAGCUGCCCGAGGAAGCCGCCUUCUCCAUCAUCUAUGGCGACGAGUACCAAUCCCUUGACCUGGUGGCGCUCUCAGCAGAUGUGGCUAACAUUUGGGUGACCGGCCUACGCUACCUGAUUUCCCACCCGACGUCCUGCUGCGAGGCCGACGAAGGCAGCCCUGGCAGCCGGACGCGCCGCGAUUGGCUGGCCUUCGAGUUCAGCAAGUGGGACGAGGAUGGCUACGGGAUCAUCUCAGAAGACGCAGCUGUAGCUGCCAUCUGCGACCUCUACCCCGGCAUCAAAGAGGCUAAGGUCCAACUGAAAUUCAAGGAAAUCCAGCGAAGCAAGGAGAAGCUGACCUCCCACGUCACGCUGGAGGAGUUUCAGGAGGCCUACUGCGAGCUCUGCACCCGAGCCGAUGUCUAUUUCCUCCUGGUGCAGCUCUCCAAGGACCGCGAAUGCCUGGACGGCCAGGACCUGCGGCUCUUCCUGGAGACGGAGCAGGGCCUUCCUCUAGCCACGGUUGAGGGUUGCCUGGACAUCGUGCGGCGCUUCGAGCCAUCCUCCCAGGGCAGGGAGAAGGGUUUGCUGGGCCUGGAUGGCUUCACCCGCUAUCUGCAGUCACCUGAGUGCUACCUGUUUGACCCUGACCACCAGCAGGUAUGUCAGGACAUGACCCUGCCACUGUCCCACUACUACAUCAGUGCCUCCUACCGCUCCUACCUGCUGGAAGACCAGGUGCAUGGGCGUGCUGAGCUUGGGGGGCUCCUGCAGGCCCUGCAGGCUGGGUGCCGCUGCCUGGAGCUGGGCGUCAGGGAUGGGCCGGAUGGGGAGCCUCUUCUGGGAAUGGAGCGCAACUCCCAGCACCCCCUACUCUCCCAGAUGCCCCCAAUCACCAUCCACGGUGCACUGGAGGUGAUCAACAAGUACGCCUUUCUGACCUCGCCCUACCCGCUGCUGCUGUACCUGUGCCAAAACUGCUCUCUGGCUCAGCAGCGAGUCCUGGCCCAGCACCUGCGCACUGUCUUUGGAGCCCGACUUUAUACGCCUCUGUCCCCCAAUGGGCUGCUGGGGGUUCGGGGAGCCCAGUUGCCGUCUCCCGAGGAGCUAAAGGGCCGAGUGCUGCUGGUGGGCAAGAAGCUGCCCCAAGAAGAACAGGGAUCUGAUGGGGAGGUGUCAGAGGAAGAGGAGGAGCUUGGAAUCGGGGGCCCACUGGCGGGCCGGCGGGUGACUCUCCCCGGGGAGGAGGACGCGGGUGUGGUGCUGGUGGUGCCGCCUCCGUCGCAGUCCUGCCAGCUACGCCUCUGCCGGGAGCUGUCUGACUUGGUGGCAGUGGCUCGCGCCGGGAGCCGCAGCUUCUACAACCACCGGGCAGUGCCGCGCUCCCCUCCCAGCAGCCCCAGCACCCCCAGCAGCCCCCUGGCCCAGGUGCUGCCCCCGUGCUGGACCCUGUGCUCCCUGGGGGAGGCCGAGGCGGCCAGGCUGGCCAGCGAAUCCCUCGAGGAGCUGGUGAGCUUCACCAAGCGGCUCCUAACGAGGGUGCGGCCCAGUACUGUGCGGCUGGACUCCAGCAACCCUAACCCCCAGGACUUCUGGAAGGGGGGGUGCCAGCUGGUGGCGCUGAACCAGCAGACCGCCGGCGCCAUGCUGGACCUGCAGCGAGCCCGCUUCGCCCAGAAUGGCGGCUGCGGUCUGGUGCUGCGGCCCGCCGUCAUGCGCGAGGCUGUCUCCUACUUCAGCGCCGACACGCAGGGCUGUGUGCCCGGGGUGCCGGCCCAGACUCUGCGGGUCAAGGUGAUCAGCGCCCACGGGCUGCCCAAGCCACAGGGGGCCGGCGCCAAGGGCCAGGUCAUCGACCCCUACGUGGUGCUGGAGCUGCACGGCGUGCCAGCCGACUGCGCAGAGCAGCGCACGCGCACCGCCGCCCAGAACCAGGAUGACCCGCUCUUCGAUGAGACUUUCGAAUUCCAGGUCAACCUUCCGGAACUGGCCCUCCUGCGCUUCGUGGUGCUGGACGAUGACUACAUCGGCGAUGACUUCAUCGGCCAGUACAGUGUGGCCUUUGAGUGCCUGCAGCCCGGCUACCGCACCGUGCCCCUGCUGGGACUGCUGGGAGAGCCGCUGGCCCAUGCCAGCCUCUUCGUGCACGUGGCCAUCACCAACCGGCGGGGCGGCGGCAAGGCCCAGCGGAGGGGGCUGUCUGUACGGAGAGGGGCGAGGCGCGGCCGCGAGUAUGUCACCCUGCGUGGCACCGGCAUCAAGGUGUUGGAUGACACGUUCCGAUCGGCGAGCACCCCCUUGAGGGAGGCCGCGGACCUGCGGGAAGACGCGCAGAAUGCAACAGUCAAUUUCAAAGAGCAGUGUGGACUCCCCCCGGUGGCCAAUUUGAAGCAGUGCAUCCAAAGCCUGGCCCCCCGGCUGCAGACUGUGGAGGGCCCCCCUGCCGCUUGCUUGGUCCUGAAGGAUGGCUGUCCGUGCCUGGAGCCGGUGGGCGGCCUGCCGGAUGCCACACGCAAGCUGCUCAGUGCCUACGAGGCGAUGGUGCUGGCACACAGGCAAGUGAUUGAGAACGCAGACUCCAUUCAGGAAAGGAUUGCCCAGGUGCAGAAGGAAGGGAUGGAGUUUCAUGAGGACCUGCCCAGGCUGGGGGAGAAGGAGGGGCUGAAGGGGCGAAAGCAGAGCAAAGCGGUGGAGAGCUUCGCCUGGAACAUCACCGUGCUGAAGGGCCAGUGCGACCUGCUGCGCAGUGCCAAGACGGACGCCCUGGAUGCCCUGAGGCAGCUUGCGCUGGCCUGCGAGGCCUGUGGGCUGGCGGCCACCUCAAAGCUGCAGUCCAGCUCAAACCAGCUUGCCGACAACCACGCUAACCCCCGCCGGGGCAGCGCCCAGGGUAACGGGCGUAUCUGAGCCCCGCCGGGGCAGCGCCCAGGGUAACGGGCGUAUCUGAGCCCCACUGGGGCAGUGCCCAGGGUAACGGGCGUAUCUGAGCCCCACUGGGGCAGUGCCCAGGGUAACGGGCGUAUCUGAGCCCCACUGGGGCAGUGCCCAGGGGAACGGGCGUAUCUGAGCCCCACUG